CGCAAUGAAGUCCUGCGGCCGGGGCACGCCAUUUUGGGCGACAGAGCCGUGCGGAGCGGCUGGCGAAAGUGUUUAUCAUGUUGGGCUCUGGAUUCAAGGCAGAGCGCUUGCGAGUCAACCUGCGCCUUGUCAUCAAUCGCCUCAAACUACUAGAGAAAAAGAAGACUGAGUUGGCCCAGAAGGCAAGGAAGGAGAUUGCAGAUUACCUGGCAGCUGGAAAAGAUGAACGUGCUAGGAUUCGUGUGGAGCACAUCAUCCGUGAAGAUUACCUUGUGGAGGCCAUGGAGAUCCUGGAGCUGUACUGCGAUCUGCUGCUUGCUCGCUUUGGCUUGAUCCAGUCCAUGAAGGAGUUGGACUCUGGCCUGGCAGAGGCAGUAUCAACAUUGAUUUGGGCUGCACCACGCCUCCAGUCGGAAGUGGCCGAGUUGAAGAUUGUUGCUGAUCAGCUGUGUGCUAAGUACAGCAAGGAGUAUGGGAAGCUGUGCCGGACAAACCAGAUUGGRACAGUCAACGACAGGCUGAUGCACAAGCUGAGUGUCGAAGCACCGCCCAAGAUCCUGGUGGAGCGAUACCUCAUCGAAAUCGCUAAGAACUACAAUGUGCCAUACGAGCCUGACUCAGUGGUGAUGGCUGAAGCUCCAGCAGGUGGAGAGGCAGAUCUAAUUGAUGUGGGGUUCACGGAUGAUGUGAAGAAGGGUGGCCAUGGAGGGGGCGGAGGUGGUGGAUUUACAGCCCCAAUGACAGGUCAUGAUGGGUUAGUGCCCAUGCCUGUGAUGAUGCCUAUGCCUAUGCCAACAGCAAAUCCACCUUUUUCCUAUCCACCUCCAAAGGGACCGGAGAACUUCAGUGGCCUGCCAGUUGGGACCUACCAGCCUUUCACUAACAUCCACCCACCACCAAUUCCAGCAAACCCACCCACAUACGAGUCCAUCGAUGAGCCUAACACUGACAAGGACGCUGCUGCAUCUGUGUCUGGGCCUGAGCCCAAGCCAGAAACUUCUCCUAAACCAAGAGCUGGAGCUCCUAAUACCUUCGAUAACUUUGUGCUGCCUGAAUUGCCAUCUGUGCCAGACACACUGCCAACAGCAUCUGCUGGCGCCAACUCUUCUGCCUCAGAAGACAUUGACUUCGAUGAUCUUUCACGGAGAUUUGAGGAGCUAAAGAAGAAAACAUAAAACUUCCUGGGCUUYAGGAAGGAGGGGCAGGAGCUGUGACAUCUCUCUGAAAUGACUCCUCUUGAAAUGGGUUUCCUGUAAUAACCUCGGGUGAACAUACUCUUUUUGAGCUCUCUUCCUUCUCUACUUACACCAAGUGCUGCUGCUUUCUGACCUUUGCUGCUCCAGGAGGUGAACUGUGGGGAAUGUUGUGAGACUGGGGCAGGGAAGAGUYUCUGUCAGUCUGCGUAGCUGUAUGGGGAAGCUGCGUGUGAUAUUCUGGGCAUUGUUCCUGGCUGCCUCCGUGAUGGCUCUGCUCCCAACGGAGGCUCUCUCUUGGGGAGCUUCACUAGCUUCAUGGUAUUCUCGGUGGCAUCUGUUCCCAGUUUGCAGGAGGGGCGGCACGUUCURCCUGGGCCUCUUGGGUGUGUGACUGGCACCGCAGAGGGCAGAGCCUGGCAGGCAGUGCGGCUGCCUCGAGGUUGAGGCAGCAGCUUUCCUCCUGGGCACUGUGCAGCUGUGGACCACCGAGCUCUGGGGACCAGGCGUGGCGGGUGCUCUGACACAACGUGCAGCAGCAUCUUGUUUCCCCUUUYGGAGCCGGGGGCGAGGCAUCCCGGAACUGUACCGUACCUGUCCACGAUGCUGUCCAGCUGUACACCACCUGGAGCGUCCUUGUCCGUGCCCCUGCAGCCGCUUUCCCGCGGGGCUCGGGCCGUUUGUACCCGUGCUCUGUUCCAAUAAAGCGCCGUUGUGGCC